AUGGAACAACAGUCCGAUACACACACAUCUAUCUAUCUAUCUAUCUAUCUAUCUCCGAAAAAAGCCUGGCUUUUCGAGAAAAUAUUUUCGAAUUUAAUCCAUAUCUAUCUAUCUAUCUAUCUAUCUAUCUAUCUAUCUAUCUCAGUCUGUUCAAUAUCUAUCUAUCUAUCUAUCUAUCUAUCUAUCUAUCUAUCUAUCUAUCUAUCUCAGUCUGUUCAUUAUCUAUCUAUCUAUCUAUCUAUCUAUCUAUCUAUCUAUCUAUCUAUCUGCUUUUGUAUGUAUUAUUGUGAUAGUAAAAUCGUCGAAGGAAAUGGAGAAUCUGAAAUUAUUUCUUUUCUUCGCUUUUACACCCUCUAUCUAUCUAUCUAUCUAUCUAUCUAUCUAUCUAUCUAUCUAUCUAUCACAUUCUUUUCUUAUCAAUCAAUCUAUUUCUUUUUGUUUAUCUAUCUAUCUAUCUAUCUAUCUAUCUAUCUGAUUCUUUUAAUAUCUAUCAAUUUGUUUCUUUCUGUCCAUCUAUCUAUCUAUCUGAUUGUUUUCAUAUCUAUCAAUCUAUUUCUUCCUGUUCAUUUAUCUAUCUAUCUAUCUAUCUAUCUAUCUAUCUAUCUGAUUCUUUUCAUAUCUAUCAAUCUAUUGCUUUCUGUUAAUCUAUCUGAUUCGUUUCAUAUCUGUCAGUGUGUUUCUUUCUUUUCAUAUCUAUCUAUCUAUCUAUCUAUCUAUCUAUCUAUCUAUCUAUCUAUCUAUGUCAUUCUUUUCAUAUGUAUCAAUCUAUUACUUUCUGUUCAUCUAUGUAUCUAUCUCAUUCUUUUCAUAUCUAUCAGUCUAUUGCUUUCUCUUCUAUCCAGUCGAAUUAGUGUGAAUUAUUGUGCGUCGAUUAUCUAUCUAUCUAUCUAUCUAUCUAUCUAUCUAUCUAUCUAUCUAUCUAUCUCUAUCUUCGUCUCUUCAUUAUCUAUCUUCGUCUCUUCAUUAUCUAUCUAUCUAUCUAUCUAUCUAUCUAUCUAUCUAUCUUCGUCUCUUCAUUAUCUAUCUAUCUAUCUAUCUAUCUAUCUAUCUAUCUAUCUCACUUGUAUUUCGUUCGGUUCAUAUCUAUCAAUCUAUCUCUGUUCGAUCCUCUUUCUAAAUGAAUUUCGAUGA